UGCGCGUAGUACACAAACGGCCUAAGUACCAUCUCUUGGCGAAUUUAUUUCAACACAACAAAAAAGCUGUGAGACCGGACACUGUCGCCAUUAAUCCCGGGGCAGUCCCUCUCUCUCAGCCCCACAAUCCGUACACGGGCCCCGGGGAGCUUCCGGCUGCUGAGGGAAUGGGAACCGAUGGAUCUCUCAGACAGAGCUGAGCUCCAGCUAUCUAAAUGCAAGGAUUAGGAACUCGGAGAAAGGAACAAAAUCUUUUACAUCUCCAGUUGAGAAAAUCGCCUUUGUUCUACCUCCAAUCACAAACUCGAGGAAAUCUACAGAUGCUGGAAAUCCUAGUGGUUAAAAAUGACAAGGAAUUUGUCUACGGGAAUCUAGAACACAGCACACAGUUUUUGCUGUCUCUGUCCAGAUAUUUAAGAAGUGGAGCAAGGGAUUCACUCGAUCAUCCUUCCUACUCGGACUGUGGGGAGGGAUUCACUUGAUCAUCUGACUGAUUGGCAGGCCCGUCAUUUUACUCAGGAGGGUACCCAUUCAUCUGCUCAAACAGUGGGAAUGGAUUCACUCGGUAAUCUCAACUGAAGGCACAUCAGCAAAUUCACACUCAGCAAGGCCAUUCACCUGUUCUGUGAGUGAGAAGGGAUUCAGUCAGUCUUCCCACCUGUGAAUACACCAGUCACUUCACACCGGGCAGAGGUUGGUCAUCUGCUGAAUUUGUGGGGAAGGAUUCACUCGGUCAUCUGACCUAAUGGCUCACCAGCGAGUUCACACCGGGGAGCGGCCGUUCACCUGCUCGGACUGUGGGAAGGGAUUCACUUGCUCAUCCCAACUGAAGGUACAUCAGAGAGUUCACACUGGAGAGAGGCCGUUCACCUGCUCAGACUGUGGGAAAGGAUUCACUCAGUCAUCUGACCUACUGGCACACCAGUCAGUUCACACUGGGGAGUGGCCGUUCAUCUGCUCAGACUGUGGGAAGGGAUUCACUCGGUCAUCUCAACUGAAGGUACAUCAGAGAGUUCACACUGGGGAGAGGCCGUUCACCUGUUUGGACUGCGGUAAGGGAUUCACUCGGUCAUCUCAACUGAAGGUACAUCAGAGAGUUCACACCGGGGAGAGGCCAUUCACCUGCUCAGACUGCGGGAAGGGAUUCACUCGGUCAUCCGACCUACUGGCACACCAGUCAGUUCACACUGGGGAGUGGCCGUUCACCUGCUCAGACUGUGGGAUGGGAUUCCCUCGGUCAUCUGUACUGAAGGUACAUCAGAGAGUUCACACUGGGGAGAGGCCGUUCACUUGCUCAGACUGUGGGAAGGGGUUCACUCGGUCAUCUAAACUGAAGGAACAUCAGAGAUUUCACACUGGAAUAUGGCCGUUCAUCUGCUCAGUGUGUGGGAAGGGAUUCACUUGCUCAUCUAAACUGAAGGUACAUCAGCAAGUUCACACUGGAGAGAGGCCAUUCACCUGCUCAGAGUGUGGGAAGGGAUUCACUCAGUCAUCUGACCUACUGGUACACCAGUCAGUUCACACUGGGGAGAGGCCGUUCACCUGCUCAGACUGUGGGAAGGGAUUUACUACAUCAUCUCACGUAAUGAGACACCAGUCAGUUCACACUGCAGAGAAGCCAUUCACCUGCUCAGACUGUGGGAAGGGAUUUACUCAGUCAUCUAAACUGAAGGUACAUCAGCGAGUUCACACUGGAGAGAGGCCAUUCAUCUGCUUAGACUGUAGGAAAGGAUUCACUCAGUCAUCCCACCUACAAGCACACCGGUCAGUUCACAUUGGGGAGCGGCCAUUCAUCUGCUCAGACUGUGGGAAGGGAUUCACUCGCUCAUCUCAACUACAGAGACACCAGCGAAUUCACACUGGGUAGAGGCCGAUCACCUGCUCAGACUUUGGGAAGAGUUUCUCUCAGCCAAAUCAACCAAAUGUUCAUCUUUGAGUUCACACUGGGGAGAGGCCGUUCAACUGUUCUGAAUGUGGGAAGCAAUUCACUCAUUCAUCUAAACUUCAUCUAAACUCUUGCUUCAGCUAGCUGCUUAACAAGUUGAACAGGAUAGGUUUUUAUUCUUUGGAGCGUAGAAGGUUGAGGGGGGACUUGAUAGAGGUAUUUGAAAUUAUGAGGGGGAUAGAUAAAGUUGACAUGGAUAGGCUUUUUCCAUUGAGAUUAGGGGAGAUUCAAACAAGAGGACAUAAGUUGAGAGUUAAGGGGCAAAAGAUUAGGGGUAACACAAGGGGCAACUUCUUUACUCAAAAAGUGGUAGCUGGCAGCUGUGUGGAACAAGCUUCCAGUAGAAGUGGUAGAGGCAGGUUCAAUUUUGUCAUUUAAAAAAAAUUAUAUAGGUAUAUGGACAGGAAAGGAAUGGAGGGUUGUGGGCUGAGUGCACGUAGGUGGGACUAGGCGAGAGUAAGUGUUUGGCAUGGACUACAAAGGCCAAUAUGGCCUGUUUCCGUGCUGUAAUUGUUAUAUGGUUAAUAUAGGGGGUGAUAGCCCAGCCCAACCAAACUUAAGAAAUCUCGUUUGGGUGGAUGCUGAGCGAUGUGUCCCCUGUUACAAAUCAGUAACUUGAAGUAACAAAGAGUACACAAUAUGCGAUUAAAUGAUUGAGCUUUAUAUUUCUUAUUUUGACUAUAGGGUUUGUGAAGUAAAGUAAAAAAAAGAAAAAUGGCCCACUCUCUCCAUUCAUGUCUUCUCAUCUCUCACCAGCAAAAAUGAAAAACAUCUCAUUUUUACUAUGUACUGCACCAGCAGUUAUGGUUGAAAUGACAAUAAAAGUUGACUUGACUUGAAAAAUUUCUCUUCCAGACUCACAAGAAAGAACAUUUCUGUCAUUGGAUAGUCCUGCACUCCAAAUCCCUAUUAUCUCUUGUUGUAACCAAAGCAUUGCUGCUACAGAGAAACCAUUACCUCAGCAGUGAAACGUUGUAGAGAGGCCAUUACAUUAGCAGUGAAGCUUUACAGCUUGUAAUACUUAUGACACUCUACCGGGAUCACACUGGGAAGGAAGUUUCAAUAAGUUGCAUGCUGGAUAUUUGUCCAUCACUGUUGCUGAAUGCAAUUUCGGGAGUGACUGUCGGGGCUGAACUCUGCAAUUAUUGCUGCUGCUCACCACACCCAGUUCUGCACCCUGGUCACUUGGCAUGGGAGGAGUUUCUUCUGCUGUAUAUUCACCUUUAAUGGGACUGGAGUUUAAUACUCUGGACCUGAGACAAAUAAAUCAGUUCUUUUUUAACCUCUGUCUCUGGUACUUGGUGAAUUUAGAACACACCAAGUGUACAGUAGAGAGUCAACUCAGGCCGGCUGGACCCUGCCAGUGAUUCAGUUCCAUGAUGGUCCUCCUAAAUCCUCCCCUGUUGUUCCCCUCUCACUCUCCCUGUGGUGAUAGGUUCCAAACAGACACCACUCUGUGGGUGAAGAGAUUUCCCUUGAAUUCUCUGCAGACUGAAGAAGUCAAGCUGACUGCAGUUCUGUCUGAGAUGUUCUUCACCCCUCAAAUCUCUGGGCUGAUGGAGAAUGACACUGGGAGUUAACCUCCUUAUUCAGAGCUCAUUUCCACUUCAUGGGUCAUUUUCCCUGCUCUUAAAGGGUUGCUGAAAACACCACUGUCCUCUACAGAGUGAAAGUAGAAUGGGAAACCAUUAGUUGGAUGUUCAAUGGAGCAGGGUCAGAAACCAGAGGCACGUCUACACAGGGCAGUGUUUGGGCUCUGGAUGAUGGUCGGGGUAAGAACGUAUGAUGAGGAGAAGGGAAUCAGCAGUGGGGCGUGACUGAGUAGCAACAUUGGGAAACUGAUUGACAGAGAAAAUAAUUAUGUUGUCUGACUGAUGACACAAACAAUGCCUGUGAUGCUGUGCUCCACUGGUCAAGGAACGUGUGUAUUGGGAAUAGUUACAUCUAUUGAGGGAGUUGUUCCUACUUGUAUAUCCUGUUAUAUUAUAUCUGGAUGGUUAUUAUGGAUUGUCCUAUCUGAAAUAAUGUAUUGAUUAUCAUAUAAUUUGUAAGAUUUUGUUUCUGAAACUGGAUCAGGCUUGAAUUUCUGGUGUCUUUACGAAGUGAUGGAGGACAUUAAUCAGUUUGUAUUUUAAAGCAAGAUUUUGGUGAAUGAUAUUUGCCACUUGAUCGUACCUGUGUAAGUAAUCAGAUUGAGUUAAACUGUUGCAGGAUCCUGGAAUGUGUUGGAUUGUGUCUGGUUUCUCUUGUCAUUUUCUGCAUUUAUAACCAUAUAAUAAUUACAGCAUGGAAACAGGCCAUUUCGGCACUUCUAGUUGGUGCUGAAUGCUUACUCUCACAUUUAUUGUUUGUUUGCAAUUUAUAUGUAUUUAUGACUUUUCUUACUUUUUGUUAACCACCUUGUCCUGUAUUUAUGCAAGGAACCCCUCUGUUUCUGGGAAGAGGUCUCCAACUCUCUAUCAGGUGCUUGAUGCUUCCUUGUCACCAUCUUGUCUGCUCAGAUCAUUGGGAUGUCUCCCAUGGAGGGUCAUACUCAUUCCGCUAGUUAAUGUUUUCUUCCAUAAUGAUGAUUUAUUUUUCUGAGUUGGCUGUUCAUUUAAGUUUUCUGGUCUGUAUUUCUUAUCACGAUUGCAUAUACACACAUGGAGUGCUGAAUCCUGUUGAUUUUUGAUGAAAAUAUAUACAUAACCAGAGACACCACACACCCCAGCCACUCCCUGUUUGACCCACUUCCGUCCAGCAAAAGGUUCAGGACACUAAAAACCAGAACUUACAGACUGAGGAACAGCUUCUACCCCAGGGCUGUGGCCUCCAUCACACCACUCCCACAGAGCAAUGACUGAAACUGUGAGCACGCACAAGGACUCAAAUACUUGCACUAAUGGCACUUUGUGCAUUACUGUGGCAUUCUGGUGCUGCUGUAACUUAUUUUAUGCUACUUAUCUAUUUAAUGCCAUUUUUCUAUUAGUCUUGUUUUUAUCUACUGCUUUGUUUGAUUGCCUGAGAGGAAGCCAAACAGAGUUUUAUUGUACCUAUGUAUAAUGACAAUAAAGAUCAUUCCAUUCCAUUCCAUUCCAGUCCUUUCCAUUCAAUUCAAUUAGAAGUUUUAUCUGUUGUGUGAUUUUAAUUUUCAUGUGUGUUAUUUCUGUUCCUCAUUCUGUCCAAUGUAGUGUUAAUCUAAGUGGGUUUGAGUGUAAAUAGUCUUUUCUAAAGUUUUCUAAUGUUCUUAUUUGUCUUUGCAAAUUUUACUGAUUGAAAUGGGACCAAGAUACAUUUUUUAAAAAAGUCAAUGUCGGUAUUGAUUAAAGUGUUUAUUGCCAUUGUUAAGCUCUGUCUGGCAAGGAUUUUUUAAGCCUUGAACUAAAUUUUGUCAAAAGUUUUCCCUAUUUUGGAAUACUUUUUAUUUUCUUUGCUUUUUGAUAUUCCAGAUACCCAAUGAAGGGUGUUGAGUCCCAAUGAAGGGUGUUGGCCCGGAAUGUCGAUUUCCAUCCAUAAAUGCUGCUUGACAAGCUGAGCUCCUCCAGCAGUUUGUAUGUAGUUCUCUAGACUUCUAGAAUCUGCAGGUCUUCUAGUUUGCCAGAUACUUAUGUUUCUUGAAAGAACAAGCUGGUAGUGGGGUUGUGUGGCUCUGUUGGUAAAAUAUAAAAUAAAAUCAUUAGAGGUGACAUAGGGUUGCAAGGUCUAGAAUCUGCAGAUAGAAUUAAGGAACGGCAAAUAUAAAAACAAUCUCUGAUGUCAAUUGUAUAGUGUUAUGUACCCACGGGUAUCUUGUCCCUGUCACAUGACCAUGAUGUAGUUGUGGCUAUGCUGGGCAUGAUGUAAUGGUCUUGUGAUGGUGGAGUGACUUAAUUUACCCACCAGUGAGAGGUCAUGUGAUAGUUUUUUUCAACAGGGUAUAAAAGGAGAACCCCUCCCUGUGACGGGGGGCAGUUCAUGGUUGAAUUUGCCAGUGACUGUUUUGCUCCAUAUUCGAUGUUAUGACGCAGUUUUGUUUUAAAGUGGAGUUUUACUUUCUGCCUUAAGUCUCAACGGUUAUUGCUGGCAGAUUUGCUACAAUACUGCCAGUUAAAGUCCAGUUGGAGAGUGAAGAUUCAUCGAAGUUCGGGAAGCUGAAAGAUCGAGGAAAGGUGAUGUUGGCAGUGAAACAGAUUCAACCUUUAUUUAAUCUUCAUACAAAAAAAUCAGUAACUUGUAUCCAUGAUAAUUCCUUCUUUGCAAAAGGGCAGAGAGUUGGAUGCAGAGUUUUGCCAAGGAAAGGUCAGUACCUUUAAGCUGUUUUAUUUCCUUCAAUCGUAAAUCCCUCGGCAAAGCAUACUUCAGCUGGGAUCAGCAGUAAAAUUGCAAAAGAGGAUUUAAUUACUGCAAGAAAUGUCUCUCCCUUAACUGAUGUAAAUCAUUUUGGACUUUUUGCAAUACUACUUUAAAGAACUGAGUUUGCAUUUCUCACUUUAAGAACUGUCCGAGCUGCUGUAUCACAGCUGACUUCCGGUUAAGUUAGUCGUUUGUUUACUUUUGGGGUAUUU